AUGAUGAUCCCCAGCCACUCAGGACUCACCCUCUUCAGCCCCUCCACGGCCGUCAAUUUCGCCUCCCCAACAAUGGCGAUGGUGACGCCUAUGCCGACCGCCGUUUUGAACGAAAUCAAUAACGAGGUCAAGCCGGGGCACCGGAAGUUGGUAUCCCCACCCCGGCCUUUCUGGCACGACGGACCUCUGCCCAACGCCUUCGCAGGCCCGCUCUCCGCCCACGAGCUCGCUGGCAUCGACGCGCUGACGAGGCGGGACAAGAAAGAGUGCGUCAGCAUCUACCUUUGCACCGAGGAGAACUGGGGAGGCGUGUGCCACUGGGCCUGUUUCGACAGCGGCCAUCAUAUGUACCUCCGCUCGCAGUGGCGUUCCAGGAUCAAGUCCAUCCGGACCAGCGAAGACGCCGAGUGCAAGUUCUUCUUCGGCCCUGAUUGCAAUGCCAGAUACAAGACCCAGGAUAUGAGUUACCCUGGAAACAACUUCAACAAGGAGGACUUUGGCGACGGCGUGGGAUGUUUUUACUGCCUGAAGUAA